CACCAUUUCUGAUUUAACCCUAAAGCGGCUUUGGAUCUUCAGAUCCAUCAAAUUCAUUUGAUUAAAGAGGUUAUGGAAACUAGACAGAAAUUCAGGUUGUGCCCAUCGUCCUUCGCCCACCACCACCACUGCCACCACCACCGUCACCCCCUUCCAUUUUUAACACCACCACCACCAGCACCAGCUGUCCGUCACCACCACCACCACCACCACUGCCACCACCACCAUUACUGCAACCACCACCAUCACUGCCACCGCCACAAUACUGGUCAACUCCCGACGUUUGUCCCUCCGAUGCAGAAUCGACAUCUACCGGCGACUGCUUACCCACUGCCGCUGCCGCUGCCGAACCCAUCAACCCUAGAAGGAGCCACCGUCUGGAGUGCAACUUUCCCCACUACUUCGACGGAGCCUGCGGUUGAUUUUAAAGCCCUAGACGAAGCAGCUGAGCAAGGAGAUGACUACGACGAUGACGACGAUCCGACUUUUGUGCUGACCGAUGAGUGGAAGGAGUUCUUCGCAGCAUCUGAAGCCAGAAGGCGACUAGAGAAGCAGCAACGACGCUCUAAGAACAAGGCUAAGCACUGACAGAAGUACUCAAGGACUCCGCAACAGUGAAGAAAUGCAACUCUCUAUCUAGUAUCUAUCUAAUGCUCCGUUGAAUAAGGCCUCUGGGCAUCUAGUUUUGUUACAGAAGUAGAAGAGAGGAAUCAUUCUGUG